AUGGUCAACGUUCUCACUCAAAUCCUUACCCUGGCUCUUGCGGGCUACGCCGCCGCCGCCGGACUCGACAUCAAGGUCGUCGAGGUGCCUGACGACUGCCCCAUCAAGACCCAGAAGGGCGACAAGCUCGCCAUGCACUACACGGGAACUCUCGAAGACGGGUCCAAGUUUGACAGCUCGCGCGAUCGCGGGUCGCCGCUCGACUUCACCCUUGGCACCGGGCAGGUCAUCCGGGGCUGGGACGAGGGCCUCAAGGACAUGUGUGUAGGCGAGAAGCGCAUUCUCACCAUUCCCUACGAUAUGGCAUAUGGUGAGGCCGGCUUCCCUCCUGUCAUUCCGCCCAAGUCGAACCUCAUCUUCGACGUCGAGCUUGUCGCCAUCAAGAACCGCAAGCCCAAGGGCGAGCUCUAG